AUGGCUCAACCAUCUACUCACGUUGUCCACGGCGGCAAGCAAUCCGACCCCAACAGCACUUGGACAAACUUUGAAUGGGAAGAGCCCAAGUUGGGCAAGCAGGUCCAUGGCGAGGUAACCAUUGCUCGAACCUUUGGUACUUCUGGUGAUCUCACCUCUGGAUUCUGGAGAACGAGCGCCACGUCCCCAGGUGCCAACAGCGACGGGUCGCACAAACUCACCUAUUCCUCUCCCCUGGGCGAUGAGACCGCAUGCGUUAUUGACGGGUCCGCUACUUUGACUGUCGUCUCGACUGGUGCGAAAUACAAAGUUGGCCCUGGAUCAAUCAUCAGCUCUCCCAAAGGCCUCGAGGUCUACUGGGAGAUUGAUGCUCCUUUCUUCAAGAAGUACUGGUGUAUCUGGAAUGGCACCAGGCCUGCUGACAACCCGCCGACUGAUCUUCAAAUCAACCACGUCAGUGACAGUCCCGAAUGGGUUGACUAUAACUUCACCGAGCCCAAGGAAGGGGAUCUUGUGGCUGGCGAGUUGUACUUCAUCCGUAAUGGCGGAUCAACUGGAACCAUGCUGAGUGGAGUGUGGAGAUCCGGAAAAGGUAUUGCGGCUUCCGAUCUGACUGAAGAUGGAACCAUGACGACGCCUUAUACUGGGGUACUUGGUGACGAAACUAUCCUUCUGCUUGAGGGUGAAGUUGAGGUUACUGAAACCGUCAGCGGAAAGAAGCAUAGCUUCAGGGCAGGAGAUGCAAUUGGCCUGGCUUCAGGAAUGCAUAUUACCUGGGUCUCGAAGGGCCCUUUUUCAAAGAAGCUUUGGGUUAUUACUAAAGAUGUUGUUGAGUAA